CACGAAAUACCAUUCAAUAACUUGCGCAAUCAAUGCUGAACUGCACGUCCAAUUUCUGUCUAACAAUUUCAAAUUUCCCAAUUCCUCCAGUUUAGAGGCCACGAAACCGAUCAACAUGACGACAACCACAGGCGAUCCGUCGACCCUGAAGAGUCCAGCCUCCCUGUCCGGCGGCGACUUGGUCUCACGUCUGUUGGCAGCGACCCCUCCGUACCUCUACAAUGUUCCAUUGACGCCUCACAGCUUCUUCUUCAGCGAGAUGUUGCGCUCGUUCGUCCAAGCAAAGACGGAGGCAUCGUCGACGGGAACAACAGCGAGCGCGCCGAGACGUCGGAAGAGAUCUUGGAGGGACGCGAGGGAUCGCCCUCUGGAACUGACCACGAAGGAGAGACACCAUCACCACCAUCACCAUCACCAUCAGCAACAGGAGAAGUACUUUCACGGUCAGCAACAGCAGCAGCAGCAACAGCACCAGCAGCAAACGGAAGCCAGGUUGGAGAACAGGGGCAAGCAGAGCGACGGUUACGAGACAGAGAGCAAAGUAGGAAACUUCGAGCAGAAACCGAACUUCGGUGGCGAUAUACUGAAGCCAGUCGACGAGAACAAGGCAGACUUCAGCAAACAGAGCAGGAGUUACUUCGACGAGCGACCGCGUCACUUCGAGCAAGCCCAACCCCCCGAGAACAUCUUUCCCAGCGAGUUGCCGAAGGUGAAACCCGAAGAGACUCACACCGCGGAUCGCAAGAACUGCAGUUAUAGCGAGCGAAGCACCUACGACGAGCGCACGAAGAGCACGCUCGGCGGCCAGGAGCUGCCUCUGUUGUCGGACCAAAAGAAGCUCGACUUCUCCAGGAAUUUUCUCCCCGGACUCCCCGGGAGGGGUUGCGACAUGCUGCAAGGUGUUAAGGGAUUCGGUUUACCUGGGAACGUGACGAACCCUGAUUUCCUCCCCAGCCCUCUCUGGUACCCGCCUUAUCCGAUGCCUCAAUCCUAUCCAGGCAUCGACCCGCUGCAUUUCUUCAUCGACCUACGCGUGUCGGGGCACAUCUGGGAUAGGAAGCUCAGCGAGAGGCAGCUACCGUUCAAAGGCAAGCACUGUUCGGCGUUCAGCGUGCCGCAAUCGAAGGAAUACAACAGUAACAGGCCGUUGAAUCUGACUAGGGACGAAGCGAGCACCUCGAGGACCACGGAGGAGAACUCGCACGGUACCAAUCACAUCCUCAGACACCUGACCAGGACGUACAGGAACAUAAGCCAAGCACAGAACGUCUCGAGAAGCGAAACGUCCACGACGGAGAGCGAGGAGAGUCCGAAGGAUGGUGAUAACAACGAAAGAUUCCCGAAAACGGAGAACACCGCCGCCACGUCGUCGAGUCAGGAAGAAGGGAGGAAGGAUCUGCGAGCGUUGAUUGGCCUCGAGCUGGUCGUCGACUACGUGAAAGAGCCGAAGGGGGAUCCCGCGAGCGAGCAGGCUUCGCAAGUAACCGAAUAACUCGCGAAAAUCGAACGAAUAUCUUCCGAUCUCGCCUGCACGAAUAGGUAUAGACUCAGACAUCGCUCGACUACGUCGUUCACGGUAAUAUAGGAAGCUCUGAACGUUAUCGUCGUCAAAACGAUCGAAUCCUCUCGAUUGAUACUAAACGAGGCUUCGUCAGGCCUCAAAUAUCUGAUUGGAUCUACCAUUCUGUUUUCUAAUAUACGUCAUCGACACGAAUGAUAAUAACCGAAAUGAAUUGCACGCGUUUGCUUUCUCCACAGGUGUUCUUUCUACUUUCCAGUUUAUGUUCAACGUGCUGACGCACUUUGAUGCAUUUUGAUAUCCGGUGAUAACUAGACCGCGGAUCUUGAUGCGUUUAUAGAAAAUUUGAAUGUGCAAGAAGCUACUAAAUGCAAACAAUAUACAAGAAUAUAAGAAUGAUUGAAAGUAAAGUUUACGUUAUAAUAUUUGCAGAAUAAAAUAAAUUCCUAUUUAGGCACGUUCGCGAAAAUUUUAUUUUUCAUAAAGAUCCGCAGUCUAGCGAUAACGAAUAAUUGUUUUCGAUAGAAAAUUGUACGCGGAAAGUCAUGUAUAUGGCCACGUUGAAGCUCGAUUCGUUAUUUUUAAAAAAUUCGUAAAAGUUCUUUUAAAAGUAUUAGGUUGUCCGUAAAGUUUCUUUCGUCAGUUGCAUUCAAUUAUUUUCUGUGGCGGUGUUUAUAUAAAUAGACAAUCUAAUUUCUUAGACAUUGAUGCUGUAACAGUAAUGGAGCGAAAUGAAUUGUACACAAUUUUGUAAUGUAACAUAAAACACGAAAUAUUGUGUAUGAAUUAAUUAUUAAUAAAACGAAAGAAAGUUUUGGGACAACCUAAUACAUCUCAUAGUCAGUGACGAUGUUUUGAACGUAACCAGUUCUAAUCUGACCGAUUUCUCGAGGAUCCUUUUCGAGCCACGAUUAACCAGCACGGAACUAACCUUUUGAUAUCGCAGCAUGGCACUUUCGAGACACCGAGUCUUUGGUUCGGCAAUCUUUGCGACUCUAACUUUUCACCAUUCUCUAACAGACUUUUUCCUAUCGUUACAUUCGAGGCUCGAUUUAAAGAGUCACCUCUUAGGAAGGAGACGGGAGAUCUUAGAGAUUCUCUUCUGGGGGCAGAGAGGCUCCUCUCCGAAUUCGACUGUAUGUGAUAUGCGCUGUACAUAUUAUAGUAGCGUUCUAUUGUAUCUAUAUGUACUAAUAGAAAGUAUUCGACGUGUAUAUUAAACGUAAUAAAAGUAAUGCGACUCAA